AUGCCCAAGAGUCUACGAUCAAUAUUAGGUGGUGGCAACCGCGUCAGGAAGCCUGUCCGAUCUUCCAGCGGUCCCCAGCCGAGCAGCGCCGUUACCAGUACCGCUGCCUCACCUUCAUCCUCACCACGGAAAAAGGCCGGCCCCUCGCAGCCGCGCAGAAAAAAGGACAAUGACGACGCAGACGGCGAGCUUUUUUCAGAAAAGCUCGAAGAUGCCGGCAUCGCGGCCUUCCUCGCCGAGGAGCUCACCCUACGGGACGUCAUUCAGGCGAUGCGCUACAUCCGUGCGCACAUGUUCACGCCCGUUCCCGAGACGGGCUUCCAGUCUACGCGGCGCACCGAGUUGCUGCACUACCGCGGCACUAUGCCGCCGCUCGUCACCGCCGGCCACGUGCACGCCGUUCUGAACAACUCCCCGACGCGUGUUGAGCGUGAAGUGGCCGAGCUGCUGGGUCGAGGCGCUCUGCGCCGAGUCCGCGUUGAGCGCCGCGGCGGCGGCGGCGAGGCUCUCAUCGAAACGCCGCUCUUUAUUGAAAUGCUGCAAAACAGCCGCACAGUGUCAGAGGCAACAGUGACGGAAUUUGUCAAGUUUCUCAAGGCCAAUGCGACGACGCAGGCGCUCGGGAGGAGUGUGCUGCCAAGUGCACAGACUGACGAGUUGGUUCGCGCGGGGUUCCUCACCAGUGCGGCGACGAGAGCGACGCCAGGCACGACACUGCAUGUGCGGCCCGAGGACCGGACGACGCUGACGUCGAUCCAGCGCGUGUCGCAGUCUGCGUCGGGCUCGCUGUCGGCCGUCGGUGGGCAGAAUGCGAUUCACAUGGCGGGCGGCGGUGGCGGCGGCGUUGGUACUACAUCAUCUACGCGGGAAUCAGCAGCAGCAGCGGAAUACCGCAUCGCGGUGCCCGGGCACGGCCGGCAUCUCAAGCUCGCGGAAGCUGCGCUGGACUGGCUGCGCGAGACGUUGGGCCGGACGAAAUGGGGCGAAGGGCCCGAGGACUGGCUGCGGGAGCGCUUCGAGGGCGGCGGCCUCUACGGUCCACGAUGGAAGGAACUGCAGGGUGUCGAGUGGACGUGGGUGCUGGGCGAGGCCGUUGGGCUCGGCGUUGUGGAAGUGUUCCAGACUGGGUCAGUUGGCCGAGGUGUGCGAGCUUUGGGAGGUUGA